AUGAAGGCCGCGAAUUGUGUGAUUGGCAUGGACGAGAGCAAAGUCUGUGCCUGUGCGAGUGAGGCAAAUGCCAAGGCCACCAGCUCUUUCACGCAUUCUGUCAUCAACAUGGUCGGCAUGCUUAUAGUCGGUUCAGGGAUGGGGCAGUUGUUGGCUCCCUACGCACUAGAGAACGGAGGAUGGAGCUCGACGCUGCUGCUCAUAGGCUUCGGAAUCAUGUGCACGUACACCGCGCACAUCAUCGGCAGGUGCCUCGACGACGACGGCGGUGACUCCAAGAGUUACCAAGACAUCGGCGAGCAAGCGUUUGGAUCCAAAGGCAGGAUCGUAGCCUCUGCCUUCAUCUACCUGGAGAUCUUCUUCGCGCCCGUGUCCUACACCAUCUCGCUCAGCGAUAACCCGGUGCUGGUGGCGCUGCCGACGCUGUGGUUGCGGGACAUGUCGUCGAUCUCGUUCCUCUCCUUGGGAGGGAUCCACAUGUCUCUGCUUAUGUUUGCGACGGUUGCGUGGGUGGCGGCAUUCGGCGGCGUGGAAGGGAGUCAUGAGAUUCUGGCACUGAGGGUGGAGAUGCUCCCGAGGAUCUCGGGCUUGUACAUGUUCAACUUCGCUGGCCACAUUGUGUUCCCCAAUAUCUACACCGCCAUGAAAGACCCUUCCAAAUUCACCAAGGUGUCCAUUGCAAGCUUCGCCAUUAUUACCUUGCUCCCCCUCCCGUAG